GAUCUUUCUUCUUUCAUCCAACCUGAGGCUACCUGCGCGACCAACUGUGUGGGGAAAACACCGAAAACCACGACAGCUUUUCCACAAUGUUGCUCCACAAAAGUAUCGAACUUCGCUUCCGGUUUUGAGACUGUGAUGGACAGCUCCAGACGUCCUGCUGAGCCCUGGAGAAGCUGUAAGCUGAUGAUUGACCCUGCUUUAACCAACGGUCUCUACAAAGUGUACCGUUACGAUGGACAGCACUUCAACUUACCGGUGGAGGACUUAGGUCUGGUUCCCGUGGAGACGGUCAGAGAUCCUCGCGUCUGCAGACUGUGGAGCAAAAGCAACAACACGGAGCUCCUGCUUUCUAGGUUCAAGGUUGAUGAAUGGUACAUCGGCCCCGUUCCUCCCAAAGAAGUGACGUUUUCCCGGCUGAAUGACAACGUGAGCGAGGCGUUCCUCACUAACAUGUGCAAUAUCUACGGGAACGCUGAGGAGGUGGAAAUAUUUUACAACCCGAAGAACAAGAAGCAUUUAGGGAUCGCAAAGGUGGUCUUCGACACGGUGAAAGCGGCGAGAGACGCCGUGCAGCACCUCCAUCAGACCUCAGUGAUGGGAAACGUUAUCCACGUGGAAAUAGAUCCUAAAGGUGAAAACAGAGCGCGGCAUCUGCAGCUGCUCUGCCGAGGCUUUUCCACUCCGUGGACGCUGCCGGUGGGCAGCAGUGAGCCUACGCUUCAGAGCUUAAUCGACAGUCUGCUGGGCAGCGCAGCCAAUCAGCGGCAGGCGAGCAGCUUAAGCCCCGCCCUGUCUCUGGACACAGCCUACUCCAGUAUUUGGCAGGACACGCCGGGCAGCUUCGGCUUCACCCCUCGCUCUCAGGGAACUCCCUGCUUCUCCCAGGACUCGUGUUACUCCAGUCUGCAGGCGACUCCCGUCCUGCAGGGGGAGCCCUCCGUCUCUGUCCUCAGUGUUCACAACCCCUUGAGACGUAAACUCGCGGCGAGGUUUCACAGCAGACGAUCCGCCGAAGACCCUGACGUCUUUUUAAAGCAUUACAACAACGCAAGCAGCAGACAGCAGCUCGCUCUGUGCAAUCACAACGCACAAUCCUCCACUCACAACAACACAGACCUCGCCUCCCUCGCUCAGGAGUCCACAGACGGGUUCGGGGUCACCGGUACGUCCCCAGACUCUUUCAGCAUCCUGAGAUUUAACUUCACAGCCGCCCAGCAGAUGGCCGCUUCCUCGCCGCCGCGGCAACACCAACGCAUCACAGACGGUUCCUCCGAGAGUUUGGACUCCCGAAUUGAGAGUUUGCUGACAAACGGCCAGAUUGAACCGUCCCACUUGGACAGGAAGACUUUAAAGUAUCUGGAUCAGGAUCAGGACAGUCCGACCUCGCCGCUCUCAGACGAAUCGCUUGUUUGCACUUCCUGUGACAUCACAACCGGCUGCCAUUGCCACGACGAUGUGGAGGACGUCGGUGCGUUGUCGCUGGAGGAUGAAACUACUCAAGCUGUUUUGUUUCUAACGAGAAGCUCCCCCCAGUCUCCGUCUGAUUUCACACAGAAGGUUCACGGAAACACGGAGCAUCGUGCAGCGAAUGAAGACGAGGAGCACAGACGGUGCCAGGCUCCGUCCACUCACUUCCCCCCCGCCAUCGCUCCUCCAAACUUUAAAUCUGUCCUCUCCCAUCCACCCGUCCCCCCUUACCCUUUCCCCGUCCCUCCCUUUUCCCCGUCUGUUCCACUGGUUCCACCUCGCUUGCCGAACGGCACCAUCCCCAUCCCACCACCAGGCUGGAUCCCUCCUCCAGGCCGUCCCAUUCCUCCUCCGGGCUGUCCCAUUCCUCCUCCGGGCCGUCCCAUUCCUCCACCGGGCCGUCCCAUUCCUCCUCCAGGCCAUCCCAUUCCUCCUCCAGGUCGUCCCAUUCCUCCUCCAGGCCGUCCCAUUCCUCCACCAGGCCGUCCCAUUCCUCCUCCAGGCCGUCAUAUUCGUCUUCCAGGCCGUCCCAUUCCUCCUCCGGGCCGUCAUAUUCGUCUUCUAGGCCGUCCCAUUCCUCCUCCCUUCAUUCCUCCCCCUCCAGCUUUCCUCGGACCUCCUCCAUCUUUCCCCGUGCACGCUGCGUACCCGUUACCCCCGCGGCCUGCAGGCCCGUUGGUUAAACCUCCCCCGUUCCCUCGACCGCCCUUUCUCGCUCCCCCGUUCCCCAGGUUUAACCCCUUCGUCCCUCCGCCGGGCUAUCCCGCUGCGCCGAUAAAGAACCCUCACGAAGUCACGGUGGAAAAGGUUUUAGAAGUUAUAGUGGAUGAACUGAGGUCGAUCAUUAAGAAGGACAUUACACGCAGAGUGAUUGAAGGCGGCGCGUUCAAGGCGUUUGAGGACUGGUGGGACCGUCAAGAGAAGACAACUAAGAUCCAAGUUUCUCCGGUGAAGAGCGGAGCAGCGAGGAACAAACUUCUGAAUCCACUCGGUCACAUCGGCGGCCAAAAGAGCCAAAAACCUCCACUGCCGUCCUUCAGGGUAAAGAGGACGAGAGACGAUGACGUCGUUACGUCAGAAGAGACAGAAACUGUGACGUGUUCUACUCACCAGAACUCUGAUGUGAAACAGGGCGAGGACGAAGCCAAACUUUGUUCUGAGAGAACCAAACGCAGACACGCACGCCCGCACGCACUCGACAGCGACAGCGAUGACGAUGAUGACGGAGAGGAGGAAGAAGAAGAAGAAGAGAACACGCUUCAGGAUGAAGAAACAUCAGAAGAAGUGGAGGCGAUGGGACCGGCUGCUGCUGAUCCUCAAAGUCUGUGUGACAGAGACGGUGAUGAAGGUGAUGGCGCCGAUCAGCUGGAGGAAGAACAACCCGCUGAGGACGAAGAUGCUGUCCGAAGCAGCGACGGAGAGCGGGGCUCAGAUCUCGCAGAGAGUUUUCCAGAGAGCAGCUGCUCGGAGGAGAGCGAGUUCUCAUCAGACUCGUUGGACAGUUUCGAGGACUCGUUGUGCUGCGACAUCAGUCCCGAAGACGUGGAGGAGGACGGAGACGUGGAGGAGGAAGACGUGGAGGAGGACGGAGACGUGGAGGAGGAAGACGUGGAGGAGGACGGAGACGUGGAGGAGGACGUGGAGGAGGAUGGAGACGUGGAGGAGGACGUGGAGGAGGACGGCGGCGAGGAGGAGGACGGCGGCGAGGACCGUGAAGCUGUUCUAGAGUGUAUCGUCAUCUCGUCAGACGAAGAGCCGAUGGAGACGGAGAUGUCGGCCCCGCUGACCCCCGGCGCUCUGCUGGAACCAGAGGAGACCCACAAAACUUCCUGUUUCCUGGAGGAUAAUAGUAGCACUUCCUGUUUCCUGGAGGACAAUAGGAACACUUCCUGUUUCCUGGAGGAUAACCAGAACACUUCCUGUUUUCUGGAGGACAAUCGGAACUCUUCCUGUUUCCUGGACGUCAUGAUGGAGCUGCAAACCAGCGAGGACCAGGACCGCAGCCCACCGCCGUCGCCCGCAGGACUCCCAGUGGCCGAGCCACACCUGGACGUGGAGAUGGAGAGCCCUGAUUGGCUGGAGGAGUCUCCCUGCAGGCCGGUGACUCCGACUGGCUCCCUGCCGGACAGCGACCCAGACCUCCGGAUCAGAAGCUCGUCUCCGGCGGCAGCAGAGGAGGUGGAGCGGCCGCCGACGCCAGGGAAAGGCAUCGUAGUCGGACCGGAGAGCGAAGACUCUGCUGAUGAUGAAGUCGUCUCUCUGUCUUCUGCAGACAGCGAGCUCGUUCUCGCUUCCUCCGACCCCCCGGACUCGUUCCCUUCAUACCAGGAAAUCCCCCAAACUCCCGGCAGAGAGGAGAGACUCGGAUGGACUCGGUGCAGCUCUGGCAGAGAGGCGGCAACGCCAGAAAGCAGCCCACCGCUGGUAAACCUGUACGUCACGGCCCCGAAGACUCCCGGGAGAGACAUCAUCAUACCCAGAAGAUCCUUAUUCCACACCAGGAAAACACAAAGCCUCUCGCAGUCUUCCUCCGACUCCUCCGACGGGAACGCUGCCUGGAUGAGUUCCGGCAUGAGAACGAAGCCGCUGCGGGGGCUGGAGAACAUGCCGGGGCGUCUGGGCGAGACGGAGAAAUCCUUACGGAGGAGAAAACACUGGAGGAGGUGGAGGAGGUGGAGGAGGUGGAGGAGGAGGAUCCGUCAUCGGAGGAGGAUCGCCGGCUCCCUGUCCUCGCAGCGUGAGCCUGGGCCGUGGCGUUCCCGCGGCCAGGAGACGAGGAUCCUGCACAGCGUCUGGACGGACGGCCUGGACGAAGAAGACGCGCGGCUGCUGCGGUGCACGUACGAACGGCUGCAGGCGCACGAUAGCGGCCUCGGCUGGAUCAGUGACACGCGUUGGGUUCCUCACCCUCUGACUAAAGUCGUGGCGGAGAAGAGUUCAGAACACGAUCACCGGACCGGCUCGGCUCGCAGCGAAGGCUUCUACAGAAUCAGCCGGAGAGAGAAGAUGAAAUAUCUCAAUGACACGACGCCAGCGGCUGAGCUUCCCUCCACCAGCUCUCAGCAGGGAACCAGUUCACUGCGUGCUGGAUCGGACUUCCGCUCGGAGCAGCGCCGCCUGCUGGCGUCCUUCAGCUGCGACAGCGACCUGCUCAAGUUCAACCAGCUCAAGUUCCGGAAGAAGCGGAUCCGUUUCAGCCGGAGUCACAUUCACGAGUGGGGCCUGUUCGCCAUGGAGCCGAUCGCAGCAGACGAGAUGGUGAUCGAGUACGUGGGACAAAUCAUCAGACAGGUGGUGGCUGACAUGAGGGAGCAGCGGUACGAGGAGCAGGGCAUCGGGAGCAGCUAUCUGUUCCGGGUGGACCAGGAAACCAUCAUCGAUGCUACGAAAUGGGGGAACCUGUCGCGCUUCAUCAACCACAGCUGCAGCCCUAACUGUUAUGCAAAGAUCAUCAGCGUGGAGUCUCAGAAGAAGAUCGUGAUUUACUCCCGGCAGCCGAUCAGCAUCAACGAAGAGGUCACGUACGACUACAAGUUCCCCAUCGAGGAGAUCAAGAUUCCCUGUUUGUGUGGAGCGGAGAGCUGCCGCGGCUCCCUCAACUAAACUCUGACAGAGCGUCUGAUUAUUAAGGUCUCUUCACACAGGAAACGACCGUCCGCCUGCGUAGUCGCGUGGAUCCGCAGACUCUACUGUGCUCCUCACGUGAAACAGACAGGCGGACAACGCUCCGCCAGUGAACACCAGGCGAUUAAUGUGUGGUAACCAUGGAGUAGGGAUGCACCGAAUCCAGAUUUUUGGGGUUCGGCCGAAUACCAAAUCCACUGGUUAAAAUUCUGCU